AGAUAGCGGUGAGCGUCAAAAAGACUGGUAGAGUUGUUACAAGUUGUAUUUUGUUGCAAAAAAAACCAAAAAAAACAAAAAGUCAGAUUUUAGUUACAUUGUUUUCAGACUCCACGAUGAUGCAGGCUUUGAAAGGCGUCAGACACGUGACAUCCAGUACGAUGAAACAAGCAGUUUCAGAGCUCUCUGUGGCAGUCCCAUGGGGGGAGAUUCGAGGUAAAGUCUGGGGUCCUGAUCACGGCCGCCCUGUGCUGUGCCUGCAUGGCUGGGCCGAUAACUGCGGUACAUUCAAUGCUCUGCUUCCCCUCCUACCCAAAGAGUUCCGAUAUGUGGCGGUGGACCUGGCAGGUCACGGUCGCUCGUCACACCGUCCUCCUGGAGUUCUGUACGCCUUUCCUUCCUACGUGAUGGAUGUACGCAGAGUCAUUGAUGCUCUGCAGUGGAGCAAAUUCACCAUUAUAGGCCACAGCAUGGGUGGUAACAUUGCAGGAAUGUUCAGUGCUUUGUAUCCUGAGAUGGUGAAUGCCGUGGUGCUUCUGGACUCCUACGGAUUUUUACCUACAGAUCUGAAGGAAAUGUCCAAAGUGAUCAGGCAGGGGUUUGAUGAGAUGCUUCAGUUUGAAAAAAAGAUGGAAGAGGAGAAGAAGCGAGUGUACACUUACAAGAAGGCAGUAGAAAGGUUGAUGUCUGUAAACCAAACACUUUCUGAACGUUCUGCAAAAAUUCUUCUGGAGCGAGGUGCCAUUCAGGUUGAUGGAGGAGUGGUGUUCUCCAGAGACUUUCGGAUUAAUCUGACAAACAUCGCACGCAUCACUUUGGAGCAGAGUCUGGAGCUGCAGUCGAGGAUAACGGCCUCUGUCCUAGUUAUUCUAGCAGAAAAUGGCUUUGGGAAAAUGUUUGUUGAAGAAGAGGAAAAUAAAUUUGUAUCAGCACUUCUUCAAGCCUAUAGGGACAAAAAUCAUGCUGUGGUGACCGUUCCAGGUGAUCAUCACGUCCACCUGAAUAAUCCUGAUGUCGUUGCUCCAGUUUUGUCAGACUUCCUGCAGACCAAAGUCCUCUCUCAGUCUGAUACACCAACUAAUGUUCAGACUUCUAAGUUAUAGCAAACACACACUUGAACCAGUCCCAUCACACUGACCUGUUUUCUUGUAUUUAUACUGUACUAUUUACACAGAUUUAACUUUGGUGCUUAAAGCUCAUUCUGCCAUUUGUCUCAGUCACUAAAAUGAGUCCACUAAGACUUGAUGAACUCAUGAAGUAUUUAAAGCAUUUAAUAGCUACUGGUGCUGCUGAUUUGAAGGAGAAAACAUUGUUUUACCAUCAAGCUGUUUUUGUUUAACUGCAGAGGGGUGCGCUACGAACAAGUGACAUAGCCAGACUCAUGUUCAUAUUGGCUGGCUUGUAACCUAAACACUGGUGAGAGAUGAGGAGUGUCACAAUGGUAAUUAUCAACUUUCUCUGUUAACUCAGGCUCAUGUAAAAGGGGGCGUCAGGCGUUUCAUUUCAUUCUGCAAAAAAUGGAUCAAUUCAGCCCCUCAUACUCCAGUCAGAGGCAUCAACAGAGGAACAUAUGAUAGUGAUCACUGAAGAAAAGCCUGGGAAAAAAAAAAAUGUAAAGCAAACCCCAGUGCUGCAAAAGAGAAACUGCAUGAGUUAUAUUUUCCCACUCAGUGUCCCCCAUUUAUUUCUAACAUACCACAUUGGAGCUCCGACUAAAAAAAAAAUUAUACUUUUAAAUACAUUUAAAGAAAAGUCCAUUGAGUCAUUAGACAAUCCUAUGGCCUAAUGAUGGUGAUGCGGAAAUGGCAAUAGUUUGUGGCUAUAUAAAAGUGGGAAAAUUUUACUAAUUCAAUAUUUUUGGUGAUAACAAGAAUCUUAUGUGUUCUAUUUGCAGUGUAAAAGUGAUCUGGCAGCCGAUUAGGAUCAAACAUAAAAUUUAUUUUCUACAUGUAAUUUUACUGUAAGUUGUUUUUUUUUUUUGGGUGGGGGGUGGGGGGGUCAGUAAGAAAUGGCUCAACACAGAAUGUAUAUCAGGCUUGAAGUCUCCUAAAAAUAAAUAAGAAUCUUUUGAAGAUAUGAAAAUGUGGUUUUCCCAGCUUGUUUGGUGUCAUUUAUUGGAUUGGAUGAUUGAAGUCGGAAGGAACAAGACAAAUUGGCAAUUUUAACAAUUUGUUCACUAAACAAACCAGAGCCUCAGUAGCAUGUGGAAGAACCAUACACAGCCAGGCAUCUCUUCCUCAUCCUGGUCACCAGCUUGGUCACACUGUUAUUACAAAUGUGGCACCAUUUCAGGGGAAAUGCACAGGCUUUCCAACGGUACAUGAUUUAUUACCAAGAAGCACUGUGUCAAAAAAAGAAACAAGUUCAAAUUUCCCAUUUAUAUCAAAUACAAUGCCUCAUUAAUUUCAUGAUAAUAUCCACAAAAGCUGAAUUAUGCAUGUUUAGCAACCACCUAGCAAUAGGCUAAAAUAAUCACUUUUUAGGAUAUAAACAUCAUCUGCCACCCAGAUUAUUUUUAAAUGUUCUCAUUGUGAUGAAGUAUAUCAGUUUGCCAGCAGUACAACAGGCUUCUGCCUGUGACCUGGAAAUCAGUCUGUGUGUCUAAGGGUGUCUCAAUUCCUGAAAUGCAUGUGGAUGGGAGAGGAGAGAGGAGGCUACACAGCUGUACCUUCUGGUGUAGUAUUUAAACUCCAGCAUAGGCUACAAAAAAGCUAGAAUAUACAAAUCACUGUAGGAGGACCAUUUAAACAACUGCUCUUUUCAUCCUCCAGGGGUCAGUUCAGUUAUUCAAGCUGAUCAAACUUCCUGCUUUUCGCUGUUUUUCUGUGAGUUUAAAAAAAAUAAAAUCUGAUAUUUUGUCACAUUGUGCCAUGUUGUGAACUUAAACUGUC